AUGUCCACUUCGCAACUACAUGAUGGUCCAACAUUUUUCAAGCCACUUGUUGAUAAAAUAGACCCACUUCAAUUCAAGUUGAAGAACACUGAUAUUACCGCCACCGCGUUCCCUAUUUAUUCCACUUCUCAAGUUCCAGAGUCCUUGAUCGAGUUCAUGAGAAGUGAAUUCAACAGAGAAUUGGAAAAUGGUGACACUUAUCCACAACUAGGUCCCAUGACUAGGGAUGACUUCGUCGAUUAUUGGUUCCACUCAUUCUGUGUUGUCGCUUUAAAGACUGAUAAAUUGGAUAUUACUCAAGUGGACCAAGAUUGGAAGUCUUCAUUCUUGGGAACUUUUUACAUUAAACCAAAUUAUAUGCCACGUUGUUCUCACAAUUGUAACGCUGGGUUCCUAGUGAAUCAUUAUCAAAGAGGGUUGAAGAUCGGAUACAGAUUGGGACAGGUUUAUCUUCAAUGGGCUCCCUUAUUAGGUUAUAAAUACUCUGUAUUUAAUUUGGUCUUUGUUACUAAUGAAGCUAGUUGGAGAAUAUGGGACAAAUUCAAGUUUGAUAGAAUUGGGUUGGUUCCAAAAGCUGCCAUCAUCAAAGGCCACGAUGAGCCUGUGGAUGCUAUUAUUUAUGGGAAAGAUUUGACAAAUGUGGAACCAGAACUAUUGGCUGACUUCAAGGAAGGCAUGUAA